AGGUUCCUUUUUUCUCAUAGCAUGCUCGUUCGACGAAAUCUUAGUUCAGUUACGGUUUCUGCAUCUCUUCUUUUCCUAAAGCGUUUCUCAUCGCGUUCCAAUCAAACCCUUUUGAGUUUUCCUCGGAUUUCGCCAGUUUCUCUGGUGUCUCGGUCAAUUGAAACAGGGUUUCCAAGGUCUUUCGUGGGUAGUUUGAGAUUUGAUCAUACCAUGGCUGGUCAAUCCUCCAAGGGAUCAAUUCAUGACUUCACUGUUAAGGAUGCAAAAGGAAAUGAUGUAGAUCUAAGCACUUAUAAAGGAAAGGUCCUCUUGAUUGUCAAUGUUGCAUCACAAUGUGGCUUGACAAAUUCCAACUAUACUGAGCUGAGUAAAUUGUAUGAGAAGUAUAAAAAUCAAGGUUUUGAGAUUCUGGCGUUCCCAUGUAACCAAUUUGGAGGUCAGGAGCCAGGGACCAAUGAACAGAUCUUGGAGUUUGCUUGCACUCGCUUUAAAGCUGAAUAUCCCAUAUUUGAUAAGGUCGAUGUGAAUGGUUCCAACGUUGCUCCGAUAUACAAAUUCCUCAAGUCUAGCAAAGGUGGAAUUCUCGGUGACAACAUCAAGUGGAACUUUACCAAGUUCCUGGUCGAUAAGGAGGGAAAUGUUGUUGAUCGUUAUGCUCCCACUACUUCUCCUCUUAGCAUUGAGAAGGACAUAAAGAAACUGCUGGCUUGAUUGAUGGAGGUUGCUUCAUCACCUCAGAGUGAAUAAAGUAGAUACUUUCAUGAAUAAAAAACUAUUCCAAGGACGUUUCUGUGUUUUUGUUUUCCUCAUCUACUAAGAUGGGUUAGACUGUACUAGAAUUUAGAAGGUGUUCCUCAUUAAUUUUAUCCAGAUCAUGCUUUUUUUAGUCCUA